AUGGCAUCCCUUCUAACAAGAAGGUUCAACAUAAACAUUAAUAACACACUGACAAAUGAGCUUCAGAUAGAAGCAGAUGAUAUUGAUGAUGGUGGUGCUGCAGUGGUGAAACAGUGGUGUGGCAGUGGUGUUGCAGUGGUGCAGCAGUGGUGUUGCAGUGGUGCGGCAGUGGUGUUGCAGUGGUGCAGCAGUGGUGUUGCAGUGGUGCAGCAGUGGUGUUGCAGUGGUGCAGCAGUGGUGUUGCAGUGGUGCAGCAGUGGUGUUGCAGUGGUGCAGCAGUGGUGUUGCAGUGGUGCAGCAGUGGUGUUGCAGUGGUGCAGCAGUGGUGUUGCAGUGGUGCAGCAGUGGUGUUGCAGUGGUGCAGCA